UCUGACCGCCGAACGACUGUCGAUAUAUACAUGUAUCGAUCACAGAGCCAGGUGCCUCCCGCUAUCCGUGUGAAGAUUCUGCGCCAGCCUGGGUAUGCGAGUGCGCUCAAUCCUCCCAUCCUUCCAACAUUGCCUGGCUGGCCGCUGCCUUCAUCGGCCGCGAGUCGUCAAUGAGCAACAACCGGAUAUAUUGGCAGUUGAGGAGCGAGUUGUACUACAGCCGGCACUAGUGUUACGCCGCUCGGGACUUAACGAUUGUAUAAAGAUCCUUGCCUAAGGAGGAUGGUUUUAGGAAAACAUAUUGACGUCUCUUGACAAGAAAGUUUGUUUGAGUUAUAAACUUUUGUCAAGCGAUGACUACAGGCGUUGAACUCGCUACCUCUGAUGUUUCUUCAUUUGGGUGCGGUUCACGAGCGACGACGUCGACGACGACGCGAGGACGGUGCCAACCGAGGUGACACGCCUGGAUGAAAUGUUCGCUAUCUUGAUGUUACUAUCCGCGAAUCUUCUCACGGAUACUUCUGCUGAAAUUUGGAACUCAGCCUCUCAAGUGGCUGUGGUGGUGGUGUGUGACGCUACCACCUCCGCCCACUGUGCCAACAGCGUCGACCUCCUGGAAAACACCGUGGGAUUUCUUAAACAGGGCUGCGAGUACAAUAUCAACGGAUCAUUGUACAUUAAGGAUCGGUUGGUUCCACAGGAUUUACCCGAAUUGGGAGCGUACAUCACCAACACCAAAGCUUCAUUUGUGUUGGCGUUUGGUACAAGUGGAACUAUCCAAGCAGUGUCUGUAGUUGCUAAGGGUCUGGGUCUACCACUACUUGGCUAUAUCACGGCUGGCGACAAAAGAGGGGUUGCAUACUCCGAUGUUUACGUGUCACUCAAUGCCCGGAUGUCUACCGAGGGCGCCGCCAUGGCCAACGUGAUCGGCGAGUACAACAUGCCUCAGACUGUAGUGCUGAUUCAGGACUCAUUUCUCAAUGAUGGAUUCUUGACGGGGUUUGAAUCUGCUGGAAAGGGUACAGACAUUGGUUCCUUCAAAUACGAGGUGAUAUGGGAUAGCAUCAAAGAUGACCACCUCGAGAGGAUGCUCACCGAACUGUCUAUCACAGGAUGGAAGAUCAUCGUGCUGCACUGCACGCCGAAACUUAUGCAGACCGUCGUGCAUGGCGCCAUAAAAUACCGUUUUUUCGGCACUGGACAUGCGUGGUUCAUGACUGAAAAAGCCUACACGGACAGUCCAGACAUCUUGUCCACCCUCCCAGAGGGACUUCUGUCUUUCCAGAGUUAUAGCCUAACUGGGAUCUCGGGUGUCCUCCUGAACGCUCUAAAGACUAUUGCCCAUGCGUGCCUUUGUCAGCUCAGUGAGCUGCGCUCAUUUAUGGAUGCAAUCCCUCUUGUGAAUAGUUCCGAUUACUGUCCAGCUCUAGAACCUCAGCUCGCCACAAAUCAACUCUUUAUGAGAAAUCUGGCGUCACCGUACAACUGUGAAAAUGCUAGCAGCUCUCAAGUGAGGUCGCCAACUGACGUUCCCAGUCGCGAUGACGUCGCCUUCCAUCUGUACAACCUACGGGAGAACCCUAAAACAGGGAUAGUCUGGAGCAGCGUAGGUUAUAUAACUGCCAGUGGCGUCACAGAUCUCAAGACCGUUCUCUGGCCGGGAAGAACUAUCUAUGGUCCGGCUUCCCACACCGACAAAACAUACAGGGUGGUCACCCGACCCGCGAAACCUUUUGUGUUCAUUGAAGGUCCAGUCGACCACCCAUCAGAGUGUUUUGCGGAUCAGCCUUGUAUUGAAAUAUUUGAUAAUUCCCCUAGUGCAAUAGCUUCUGUGAUAGAGACCUUCUUAACCACCAAGGGAUACAACCGGACUAAUUAUCGUGUUCAUUGCUGCAAAGGCCUGGCAUUGGAGUUACUGGACAAGCUUGCAGUGGAUCUCAAUUUUGAUUACGUGAUCUAUUUUCUGAAUGACACCGAUUAUGGAACAUAUAAGAAUGGUCAGUGGUCGGGCAUGGUGUCUGAUAUAGUGAAUGGUGCUGCCGACCUCGUGGUCGGAGCAUUUAGUGUAACAUCAGAGCGUCUUUCUGCCAUGUCCUUCACUGAACCCUACUUCCAGAAUGACUUCGCAAUGGUGACGAGUGCUAAUGGUCGGUCCACGUCCAUAUGGGCAUUCCUCAGCCCCUUUUCACCAGAGGUGUGGAUCUGUAUACUUGUGAGUUCAGUGGUAGCAGGGAUAGCUACAUCAACGUUAGAGUGGUAUAGCCCCUUUGGUCUCAACCCAAGGGGUAGGAGGAGGGACAAGAACUACACCUUGGGGUCGGGGCUGUUGAUGGUGUGGGUGCUGGUAACUGGUCACACAAUCAAUGUUAAGGCGCCUAAGAGUUGGCCAGGGAAGGUGAUACAGAAUGUGUGGGCAGGCCUGGCUAUCUUCAUGAUGACCAGUUACACUGCUAAUUUGGCCGCCUAUCUUGCUGGUCAGUCUGCUGUUGUCAUGAUCCGGAGUAUAUUUGACUCCAAGUUGCUGUCGAAGAAAGUGUCGUUGAUCAAGUCGAGUGCCGUUGAAGCCUUCCUGAGUCGGAUCAACCCUGAUCUGUAUGACCAUGUGAAGACGCACUACACUCAGUCAGCAGAAGAGGCCAUUCUCAAACUCAGGAAGAAGGAAAUCGAUGUCUACCUUGACGACAGCCCGAUACUGGAAUACGCCGUCACACGUCUUGACCAACACUGUUCUGUCCGCUUUGCAGGGAAAGGAUUCGGCGCUGACGGAUAUGCCUUUGGUCUUCCUCGAUUCUCGUGGAUGCAGGUCCCGCUCACCAAUCGGAUCUUGUCUUACUCGGAAUCGGGCUAUAUCCAAGACUUGUCCCGGAAGUACCUGAGCCGGCCGAACUGUGAGGGCCUGCUUGCUAACAGCGCUGUCAAGUAUGGGCUGGAACACACCGGGGGGUUGUUCAUCAUCCUGUCGUCCACCCUGGUGCUGUCGGUGCUGCUGGUGUGUCUGGAACACUGCGCCUACCGCUACAUCGUCCCCUGGAUCCGACGUAAGCCCGCCACCAGCUGGUGGAAGACAGAAGGCCUGGCCUUCAUCAGUCAGAGGCUUCAUCGCGUCGUGCGGAGCGAGGUGCUGUACUCACAGAAACAAGCAGCCCAGGAGAUGAUGAAGAUAGUCAGAGAUAGAGACUUUACCAGACUCAUUCAGAAGCAGGAACUACAGAAACGGCGGAUGCCACGUAAGAAGGAAAAGACGCGAGCAGAAGUGUUCCAGGAGAUAACCGCAAAUAUUGUCAGUUACCACCGAGAAAUGAAAAACGUCUCUGACGCCAUCGAGGACAUUGGGGGACAGGAACCUGACAUCACUGCAGACGCCACCGUAGACGUCAGCAGAAAGGGCUCAUCCCCCGACGACACCACCAAUAAUAACGCCAUGGUGAAUCAAUCGUACGACCACGACCGACGAGGUAGCGCGGCGACGUUGCAGGUUGACGUCGAGGUAGAGGGGGAUAGGGAUGGAGAUGCUGAGAGGUUGGAGGACGAUGGGGGAGACCGUUACCCCACCCUUGUCCCUGUCUAUCCCAGCUUACCAGAAGAUUUGUCUGAGGCCACGCUGUCCCAGGAUUCCGCCGUCAACUCCGGGAGCGAGAGUUCCCCCGAGAACAGGAAGGGCGAAAUCUGGGUGAUAUCCGAUGGGUGUAUCAAUGACCCAGACUUGGUUGCACCCACUAGGAAAUUUUCCGACAUUGGUCCACUGAGACCCGACAACAGCGAGCUCCAUCGCGGAAUACGGAGAAGCAUUAGCCACGAGUACCAAACAGGGGACUACUUUCAACGCAAUCUGAAACUUAAGGACAACAGAGUCAAGUCAACGUUGCGACGUCAUGCUAUGUCAGGAUACCAGGCGCAUGUUCCCGUUGAUUAUCUUGAUGAAUGUACGAUCGAGUCGCUGUCAAAGGAGGAUCUGUUGUUGUUGUGGAAGAAGUCGGAGCUGGAGUUGCAGCGCCGAUUGCGUGAGAUUCAGACGAGGAAUAAAACCAUGUCCUUGGCUAUUGACUAUCUGAUGAAGAGCCAGCAGGAAGAAUUGGGAGAAGAAGUCUGAACAUUUGUGAUACAAAGUCUGGUCUUUUCUUACAGUACCGUUGCGUCUGCCUGAACGACGCUGUCAGGGUUGUCCCGAUACCUGAUUGGUCACUGAUUGGUCACUCCAGGUCCUUACAAACACAGAUCAGUCAAAUCGACAUCGACGCACAACACGCCCUCAUUACACGUCCAGAUCUUGUUCCUGCGUGAAUAUCAUGUGCUUGUCUGUGUGUCUGUCCGUCCCCACCUAGGGACACUGUAAUGUGACACAGUUCACAAGUGUCUGUUGGACAAACUAUGGCGUGUGUCUGAAGAGGCAUCACAGUAAGUAUGGCACCUGCACUCCGUGAAUCAUAAAAGAUUGGGUCAUGAAAUAAUAUUUGAGAGCGAAGUUUCCUCGCAUAAGGAAGCAAUGCGUGCUGGUUUGAAGCUGUUCUCGACCUGCGUCUUACGAGCAUCACUCAACACAAGAACAGUAAACAGACAUCAACCGAUCAUUUAUUAGUCAGUCGGACUUUGUGGUCAUUGUUCUGUAAUACUAUUUCUUUACUGUAGCAUUCAAAAUUAAUAAAUGGCAGAUUUACAACAAAUGAGUAAUUACAUAAGAAUGAAAAAAACAACUUCAUUUGUCUUUUAUUGAGACUUUGCAAACAGAGAAAUUGUUCCUGAUAACCACAACUUGGGUUUCAGAAGUAUUGAUUUAUGGCACUUUGACCUACAAAUGUAACUGUAAUUGAAGCCGUAACAUCAACUGUCGGGCAAAAGAAAGUAUAUUCACUUGAAAUCUAGAUUUGACCAAAAAAAAUGACAACUGUUAUCAAACUGUUACUGGGCUGAAAACUGUCGCCGAAACACUGCAAAUUUAAGGUCCAAAAUGAACUGUGAUACCCGCAUCAAAUACAUCACCAUCGACAACCAUUUAUUCUUUGUGUCAUUUGUAGCCAUUACAAACAUGGGUUUAUACUUUUUCUUUUGCCUGGCAGUUCAGUGUUGAACACGUAGAUAAUAAACAUACUGAUACAACACUACCUGAGCAUAGGUGUACAUGGUAGAUAAUUAGGACUCCACAGAGUAUGCAGUCGGAAUGUUUACUGCCAGUAUGUUUGUUCUAUCUCUGAAGGGAAUUUGGGAAUUGCAGCGGAGAGCAAAUAGUCUUUGAUGUACAUAUUAGAAGGCAUAGAAACUGGCAUGCAAUAAAUGUUUCAAUCCGUCAAUAAUUGGAAUAAUGAUGUAAACGAGAUACUGUGUGAUGUCUCGAAUAAUUUAUGCAUAUACAACGAAGGUGAUGACGAUUUAUGAGUAGUAUAUGCCCCCGUACCAUAACAUCCCUCCAUGACCCUUGGUUGAUAGCAAUAUGCAGUCAGUCAUCGUUAGUCGGCCAGGAACAACAAUAUGUUAAGUAGUUUUACGUCGUGUUGUGUCUUGGGUAACUUUGCUUUCUAAAUGUACUCAUUGAUUUAAUUUCCAUUUCUGAAAUUGUUGUUUAAUAUAUUCUGUAGCCGAGUUUCUCCGGUUUGAAGGGAAUACACUUGCACUUUUGUGUAUCUCAAUGUCAUAUCUACUUAAACAACUUUCGGAGUGUUUACAAAUUCUGUUGGAAGUGCAUCUGGCAUUUUUCUGUAUAGUGGCGUAUUUGAUUAAAGGAAUUCUAACGUCAAGAAAAAGGGUGAGAUAUUCAUCUCUCAAUACGAAACGUUAGAGGUGGUCUUAAACAUUAAUAAUAAACCGCUGUGCUCACUUGAGUAAACGAACAUCAACAUGUCAUUUCCAAACAGAUUAAUACGAAAGCUCGAGCAAUAAAGAUGAAACUUUCGUUUCCAUGCCCUUUCACAAGAUGAAAGACGCAGGCUUCGUUGGGUAUCGUAUUUGCGUGUGCGUUCAAUCUUAUAAGUUUUCAUAUGGAAUAAAAAACACUGUUCCAUUAUGAUUCCAUUUGAAAUAUUAAGUAAAAGAAUGUGAUCUCCACCACUUUGAGAAAAAUAAUUCGUGUCGAAAAAUCUUUGGAUUUUUGCCUAUAUUUAGAUUGACGGUUUACUCAUACUAAAAUAGUUAAUCCGGGAUAUGGUGUAUUUGACUGUCACUAUGAGUUCAUUGGAGGUUGAACACUUACAGUAUGACGGUCACACUUUAUAAAUAUUAGAGCUUUCGAUAUAAAAACUUAUUUCUUAUAAUGUUAAUAUUACCCUUGGGUGCCCUUAAGCUUUAUCUGAUUCAGUAUAAAUGUUCUCUUUGUACACUGGCAGCCUUACGAGCAUUAUCAAUAUCACUUAGAAAGGUAUUAUGUAUAUUCUUUUAAAAAGAUAAAUAAGCCGUUAUGCAUACGACAUUAACCCACGUUUCAUAAUUUUGCAUAACGAAAAGGUUUAAGCGAUAACUUAUUCCAUGGCUAUUUCAUUUCACAUUACAAGAGUACGCUCCGACGCGUUGUAAUACAUUGACUACAAUAUUCUCCUUCAAAAUGGCCGACGGAAUCAGCGGGACUAGAGAGGUUUCCAAAAUGUUGUCAGAGAACCUGCGGCGACUCGUCGUUGGCCAUCUUUUCUGAAUAGAGUAAUGAUUUAUAGGUCGGCUAAAUGCUGAAAUGGUUUCAUAGAUCACUGCUGAAUGCUGUUUAUGUGUCUAAGUAUUGAGUCAACAGUUUGUGGGGAGCAUUCACUCGUCGUCUUCUCUGGCAUGUAUAGCCCAAAGUGUUCUAACUGUAUAUAAAUACGCUUAUUUUAUUAGUAAAGUGUUCCUGUUACUGAGCAUAAACAAUUAUUCUGUCCCAGUGAAAAAAACCGGAUAAUUCUGAAAUAAUCCGGUAGUGUUACGUCACUUCCUGAAUAAGAAAAAUUACGAACGCUAGUGUCCUGGGGCCCGUUCUACACGUGAUCGUAGCGCGAGGACUGAUGUAAAUCUAUAUAAAAGUAGGGAGCCUUGUUCAUUACCAAGUUAACAUCAUAAAUAUUGCUGCAAGAUAAUGCUGCAUUAUCAGAUUAAUACCAUGUGAACAUAGACAUAUUUUUCACACGCUUUUAUGUCAUACGAAUGUAAACGAAGACACCUUUGCCGCCUGUAAAAUAGUCCCUGUGCUUCUUGUGUAAAGGGGCGUGUCUGCUGUGUCAUAUCCGUAGAAAUAUUUACUGACAUUGCUGUUCACCCAGAUUGGUCGUGACGUUAGGAUAUGAUAAUAUUCAACGGAACAAUCUUCUCUCCAUGUAUGCUUAUAUUUACAAAUCGUUUAAAGAUUUUGCACUAUUUCAAAGUUCGUAUUAAACAAAUCAUUUCGUGUAUAUGUUUGAAUGUAUGUGCAAUCCAAAGAGUUAGGGUAAGUUAAGAUAUGCAUAUCGUGGAAUAUCAUCAGGGCCCACUUGCACAAAGCGAUCUUAGCGCUAAGAUGAUCUUAACUCCCAUACUUUAACAUAGGCUUACAAUAGUCGUAGCGCUAAAAUCGCUUUGUGCAAGUGGGCCCUGGAGUGUUCACACCUCGUGUAUUCAGAGAGAUCUACAGAUAGUAGAGGGGUUGGUUUCUAAGGCAGCUUGAUAUGACGUAUCAGUGUUACGUAUAACUAUCAUUCAUUAUCAAGAUAUUUGUAUGAGCAUACUGUUAUAUUUUCAAGGAUAUGUAAUCGUGUAAUAUUAUCUAUUACAAUUUGAACAGAGCGCCGCUAUGUACAGAGCAUCGUAGCACAUUAUAAAAUAUGACGACCUUCACCCUUUGAAAUACGAUGAAUCGUCUUGAAUUUGUUACAUCAUUUUUUGAUGAUUUUAUAUACCUCUGAAAUGGUUUGUUUGUUGCAUUUUUUGUGACAAUUACAUUUUUUCAAUGGUUACCCUUUUGUUUGAAGAACAAUGUUUGUGUGAUUUGAAUAGAUCGAUUGGAAUUAUACCUUUCUGUACACACGUUUGUAAAUAGUCAUUAUUUAAAUAUGAAUCAUAAGCUACAUGGAACAUGCUGUACGGUCUUACAUAUCAAACAUGAUAUGUUGUUGUUGUCGUCGUUAGAGAAGUUUAACUUUUACAGCUGUUAUAUUUUAACCCUAUCCAGUUCAUAACGUUUGUUUUGGAAUCCUAGAUUCGCCCUUAUAUAAGGAGUUAUGGUUUAUCAGCACCAUGAUUCGAUUAAGGCGUUACUCACACUUUAAACUAACACGCCGUGUAAUUACUGAAAUACUGUUUAAAGCGGCGUUAAACCCUACUCACUCACUCCUAAAAAGUAACCAUAAUCACGUAUUGUUUGCAGUUUGGACUUGGCUGAACGCCCCAAUAACGAUGAAACAAUCAAAUUCAAUUAAAGGGAUGCAUGCAUAAGUUAAACACUUAACAAGGUGAACUUCAGUAGCUCACAACACC